UCUAUGGCGGCUUCACCUAUCACGAAGUCACGGCAUCGUCUUUCCUGUGUCGUAGAAGAGAGGUGUGUCUGCUACGUCACCCAUCGCCCAAAUUAUUUUGGGUGCUUUUACCGCUCCACGCCACCUUGACAGCCUCAAUUCUGCAACAACCUUCCAAUCAUACCGCACCGGGGGAGGGAGGAGAGAGGGAGAGAGAGAGAGAGUGAAACUUCUGAUCGGCACUGCAAUGGCGGCCGGAGCGUUGAGCCUGGAGAGCGUAAGGGAGUCUCUGGUUCGUCAGGAAGACACGAUUGUGUUCAGCCUCAUAGAGAGGGCACAGCAUCCCCUCAACUCCCCAGCCUACGAUGCCACCCCUGGUCUCGAUGGCUCUCUUGUCGAAGUCCUCGUCAAGGAAACAGAGGUUCUUCAUGCCAAGCUUGGAAGAUACAAAUAUGAGGAGGAAAAUGCCUUCUUCCCUGAUGACAUGCCACAGCCAUUAAUAACUUAUAACAACCAUCCACAGGUGCUACAUCCUGCAGCUGCCAAGAUAAACAUAAAUAACACUAUAUGGAAGAUAUAUUUUGAUAAACUACUUCCACUCAUUACAGCGAAUGGUGAUGAUGGCAAUGUUGUAUCCACCUGCUCAUGUGAUCUCUCUUGUUUACAGGCAUUGUCUAAAAGGAUUCAUUAUGGAAAGUUUGUGGCAGAGGUUAAAUACCAGGAUGCACCACAGGACUAUGAGCCUGCUAUUCGUGCCCAGGAUAGAGAUGCUUUGAUGAGAUUGUUGACUUUUGAGAAAGUGGAAGAGAUGGUAAAAAAAAGGGUGGCAAACAAGGCGAAGGUGUUUGGACAGGAAAUCAUCAGUGACUCUACAGAGGGAACUGGUAAGCAAAAGAUUGAUCCAUCUGUGGCGUCUCUGAUAUACGAAGAAUGGGUGAUGCCUUUGACCAAACUUGUUGAAGUGGAGUACCUCCUUCGACGCCUUGACUGAAGCAACAGUUUCUUAUUUUCAAUCCAAUUGACAAGUAGUUCUUGUUAUAAAUAUGGGUAUUAAUAGAGAGGAUACUUUAUCUUAAUAACCAUGUGACAUCCACCAAUAAUGUCUUCAUCAGAUUGUAUCAUCUCUCUCUCUCUCCCUCUCUCUCUCGUUGUCAGCUACAUGCAUGUUGGUUUCUGUCCUUUGUUGUUGGGAUGGCUAAAUCAAUUUAUAUAUGUGCUGCUGGAAAAGCUUAAUAAAUAUCAACUUUUCAUCUGCCAA